ACGCUGUCAUUGCUCCAGGUCCAGCAUCGCCCCACCAGCAUUGAAUGGGAUGGCUGCGAUCCCCAGAAGCUCUAUACCCUGGUUCUCACAGACCCAGAUGCUCCCAGUAGGAAGGACCCAAAGUUCAGGGAAUGGCACCACUUUCUGGUGACCAACAUGAAAGGCAACGAUGUGGGGAGUGGGACUGUGCUGUCAGAUUACGUCGGCUCUGGACCUCCCAAAGGAACAGGGCUGCACCGCUACGUGUGGCUGGUAUACGAGCAGCCGAAGCAGCUGACCUGCAACGAGCCCAUCCUCUGUAAUCGCUCUGGUGACAAACGAGGGAAGUUCAAGGUGGCGGCUUUCCGCAGCAAGUACGAGCUGGGGGUGCCAGUGGCUGGCACUUGCUACCAGGCAGAGUGGGACGACUAUGUGCCGAAGCUCUACGAGCAGCUGUCGGGGAAGUAGGGCGAGGGGACCUGAAGAAGCACUGUGCAGCACCCCCUGCGCCCUGGAGACCAGGCUGGUUAGAGCAUGUCGCUGUAGUUUUGUUUGAUUAGUGAGUCGAACCCAACUGCUCCCGCACUGA